AUGGAAACAAUAGAAGAACAACGUGUGUGUGUAAAAUUUUGUUUUAAAUUAGGGAAAAGUUCUAGUGAAACUUUUAAACUUUUGAAGCAAGCUUUUGGAGAUGAUGUUCUGUCUCGGACAACAUGUUUUGAGUGGUUUAAACGGUUUAAGGAAGGUAGGUCAUCCACUAAGGAUAACGAGCGAUCUGGUAGACCAUCGACCAGUAAAACAAAUGAAAUUGUUGCUCGUGUUCGUGAAAUUAUUCGAAAUAAUCGUCGAUUAACUAUCAGAGAAGUUGCAGAAGACGUCGGAAUAUCUUAUGGUUCUUGCCAAAAAAUAUUAACCAAAGAAUUGGAGCUAGAAACGAUCAGCAGUGGUACUUCAUAUGACGAAAUUCAUGUUGAUAACUCUGAAGCAUAUGUCGCGGCGAAUCAAAAUUCUAAUGAACUGGGUUCUCAUAAACCACUAGUCGCAUUGUAA